AUGGCGGCACAUGGCACUCAGAGAGAGAGUCAGGCCGCAAGAAAACACAAGUCCGAGGGUGCCCCCAUGAAGUCUCGUUACACGAAGCCGAGGUUCAUUCUAAGCAAAAUUGCUAAGAAUGAACUCGCUGGAGCGACUGACGAGCGUGACGCGGCUGACAAGGUGAAAUACCAACAGGUGGUAAAGGCGUAUGAAGAUUUGAUAUCAAAAAAACCUAAAGCGGACAACAAUAAAAAAGGCGAUUCGACGAAGAGAAACCGGUUACAGGACGUGAUCGAUCAGGCACCGAAGAGACCUGAGGUGUCCAACAGCAUCGAAGAAACAAAACAACGACCGUUUAGUGAGGUGGUUAAGGAUAACCUCCCCUACGCACUGAUCGACGAGAUUACAAAUAGCGGCAAAGCGGUCCUGCAGAAGUGGGGGCAAAUGGAGGCCAAACUGUUCAAGCUCGUGCUAGACAAGCAUGUGGUUGGAGCACAGGGCGGAACUCUCCCUUCCUUCGUUUCUGCAGGAGUACUUCGCGGCUGUAGGGUAAUCAAGCGCGACGACGCCUGUUCAAGGGUUGUCCUAGAAAAGUGCGUUGCUGAGAUCAGCUUAACACUUGAGCUUAUUCCGACUAAGGACAUACCUUGCCCUCCUCGCGCUCGCAUUUGGCUACCUGUGAUGGACUUAAGCGGUGCAGAUGUGCUAAAAUACUUAAAAUGA